AUUCUACCAUCCGUGUACGACUCCGUUUGGUUCUUUUUCGCAGUUGUCGCGGAUUCAAGCGCGAUCCUUCUCCGUCCAAGCCUGAUCGGAUCAUCGUCGCCGGAGCGUGACAGGAGACUCCGAUUCGUUUAGGUUUCUUCGCGGGGGGUUGUUAGAGAAGAGUGAGAGUGACCGGAGAUUCGAGGUCAUGGAUUGGGGAAACGUCACGGUUGACGAUCUCGUCGACGCGCUUCGGGAGGUUGACUGGUCGUCGCCGCCGCGUCCACUCUCCGAGUUCUUCUCUAGAUUUACCGUUCCGAAAUCUUGUGCAAAAUGGGAUAGUCGCCUCAAGUGCAAUCUCUACUACUAUCGGACUAACUAUUUCAUCAUGAUCGUUUUCAUACUCGGAUUGGGAUUCCUUACAAGGCCUCUAGCGAUUAUCGCUGCUCUUUUGACGGCUCUAACUGUGGCAUUCUUGAAUGACAGUUUUGCAGGUACUUUUAGUGAGAAGGUGACUCGAACUGUCAGAAAAUUCUCUCCACAUUUAGCUGCGAAAAUGAGGCCUCCUUUGACGCCUGUCAUCCGUGGGCGAACGUCAGCGAAAAGAGCAAUUCAUAUAUGUGGUCAGCCCCGCUGGGUAUUUGUCUUAGUAUUUUCACUGGUGAGUUUCACCCUUUGGUACAUCUCCUGUGGUCUGUUCACUGUGUCAUUGGCGCUUCUCAUUGGACUUCUUGCGACGGUCCUCCAUGCAAGCCUUAGAACGCCGAACUUGAAGGCACGUCUGAACACAUUCAGGGAGGAGUUUCGAGCGGUGUGGCGUAAUAACUACACUGAGAUUUAGAAAGGAGAAGUAAGUGAAAUCUUUCCAUAAAGAAACUUGGAUAUAACUUAGAGAUGCAUUUCUGUAUCCCGUCCUGCCGUGUGUAGGGCUGUUUCUCUACACAGCUUGUGGAAUCCUGGCUUGUUAUGUUUGUUAUUUGGCAUAUUUCAUUCUUACAAACAGAGAGAGAGAGAGAGAGAGAGAGAGAGAGAGAGAGAGAGAGAGAGAGAGAGAGCCUUUUGAUGUAGUAGAAGUGACAGUGUGCAAAAGAAACCCUUUUUUCCUUUGAGUUGGUGAGUUUGUAUGUAACUUUGGCCUCCUUUUUCCGUUUUCAGACUGUAAAGGCAAUCUUUGUUUUGUUAA